UGACCACCUGAGGCCACUCACACAGUUACAAGCCGAGAGAGACGCAAAAGCUUGUGACAAGAGAGUUAAUUGUACCGAGAAAGGAUCUUUAGAUCAAAAAAAAUGUCAAAGGAAGUGAGUGAAGUAGGGCAAACUCACGGGAAAGAUUAUGUUGAUCCACCACCUGCACCACUUCUUGACUUCGGUGAAAUCAAGCUAUGGUCUUUCUAUAGAGCUCUCAUAGCUGAGUUCAUUGCUACCCUUCUUUUCCUCUAUGUCACUGUGGCUACUGUUAUAGGCCACAAGUCAAACAAAGACCCUUGUGAUGGAGUUGGUUUGCUUGGCAUUGCAUGGGCUUUUGGUGGCAUGAUCUUUAUCCUUGUUUACUGCACCGCUGGUAUCUCUGGUGGACAUAUUAACCCAGCAGUCACUUUUGGGCUGUUUCUGGCCAGGAAAGUAUCACUGAUCAGGGCUGUGGCUUACAUGGUGGCUCAAUGCUUGGGUGCUAUCUGUGGUGUUGGCUUGGUCAAGGCCUUCAUGAAGAAAAACUACAACUCUCUUGGUGGUGGUGCUAACACAGUAGCCAUGGGAUACAACACUGGCACAGCUUUGGGUGCUGAGAUUAUAGGCACUUUCGUGCUUGUUUACACUGUUUUCUCUGCAACUGACCCUAAGAGAAGUGCACGUGACUCCCAUGUCCCUGUGUUGGCUCCACUUCCAAUCGGGUUUGCUGUGUUCAUGGUACACUUGGCCACAAUCCCUAUAACUGGUACUGGCAUCAACCCUGCCAGGAGUUUUGGCGCUGCUGUCAUCUUCAACAAUGAAAAAGCCUGGGAUGAUCAUUGGAUUUUCUGGGUUGGGCCAUUUGUGGGAGCAUUAGCAGCUGCUGCAUACCACCAGUACAUUUUGAGAGCGGCAGCAAUCAAGGCCUUGGGAUCUUUCCGUAGCAACCCCGCCAACUAAAGAGAAAAACCACCUUAAAAAAAAGGAAGGAAAAGAAAAGAGCGCUUGUCUUUACCGACCCCGUCAGUCUAUUUGUUUGUUUGUGUGUAUGAGAUCGGAUUACGAUGGACCUUUCUUCUUUUGCCCACUUAUUUAUAAUUUUAAUCUUUCUUUGUUAGUUUGGCCUUGUAUCAUUGUCAUGGGGAGUUGUGCUCAAUUAAUUGCCUCUCUUUUCUUAUCA